UCCUAUUGGAACACUCCCGGCAAGAAUAAUGGGCAAUUUUCAUCCAACCAUUAAACUUCAUCAUGGUUUUGAUGCAGAACGAGAUGCAAAGAAACUAAAUAAGGCCUGCAAAGGGUUAGGAACUGAUGAAAAAUCAAUUAUAGAGAUUCUGGCCAACAGGACAUCAGACCAAAGGCAAGAAGUGAAGCUGAAAUACAAGACGUUAUAUGGCAAGGAUCUGGAGAGCGUUUUAAAAAGCGAGCUGAGUGGCAACUUUGAGAAGGCGGCAUUAGCACUGCUGGAUCGCCCGUGUGAGUUUGAUGCCCGCGAGCUCAGGAGCGCCAUGAAGGGAGCCGGAACCAACGAGUCAUUGUUGAUACAGAUUUUAUGUACUAGGUCCAACCAGCAAAUAAAAGCCACAAAAGAAGCCUAUAAAAGAUUGUUUGAAAGGGAUUUGGAGUCAGACGUUAAGAGUGAGACAAGUGGAUACUUCCAGAAAAUACUCAUCUCAUUGCUCCAGGCGAAUCGGGAUGAAGGUUUGUCUAUUGAUGAAGAUCUCGCUGGUCAGGAUGCCAAAAGACUCUACGAGGCUGGGGAAGCUCGAUGGGGCACAGAAGAAUCAGAGUUCAAUAUUGUCCUGGCAACACGGAACUACAUGCAGCUGAGGGCCACAUUUAAAGCCUAUGAGAUUCUGCAUGGAAAAGACAUCUUGGACGUGAUUAAAAGUGAAACCUCGGGGGAUCUGAAAAAAGCUUAUUCCACCAUAGUGCAAGUGACCAGGGAUUGCCAAGGCUACUUUGCUAAGAAGUUGAACAAAGCAAUGAAAGGAGCAGGAACAAAUGAGGCAAUGCUGAUCCGCAUCCUGGUGACCAGAGCAGAGAUUGAUCUCCAAACGAUCAAGGAGAGAUACCAGCAUCUUUACAAGAAGAGCUUAACCGAAGCCAUUAAGUCAGAUACAUCUGGAGAUUUCAGCAAGUUGCUUCUGGCUCUUUUACACUGAAUCGGAAAAAAUGCAAAAAAAACAGAUAUAUAUUCCGCGUUUAUUAGCAAGAUAUCUCAUUUUGUUAAACUUACCAUUGUGUACCUGGAAAAAAAACAAUGUGUCUGCAUGGCGAUAAGUAGGAACCAGAGCUGAUUUGUCCUUUGACCUAUAAUAAAGAAAUGGAAAAUAAUGCAUUUAUUAUAAUGCCUGUCUGACCAACAAGCUCUUGGGGUGAGACAAUGGGUGUCUUCAUUAAACUAGGGAUAAAGUUGAAAGGUAAGAUAUGGUAACUCAAGUUCUAAUAUCCGUAGGAAUGGACCCUAUGGGUAGUAGUGUGAAUUUCAAUCCAGCAAGUAUGGCCAGGGCAGGGAUUUAGGAUAAUUCUUCUGCCUUAAGUUUAUUGAAUUUUUAUUAUGGUGGCCACCAUGCUGACUUUGGGUAUUUGUGUGUGUUGUUUGUUCAUUUCACAAUAUGUUGUAUCCAUAUUGAUUGCAAUAAUAAAUGCAUGGAAAAGGCCAAAAA